GAAGGUCGUGCAGCAGAGGCAAAAGAUGUUUGUACGCUACACACACUAAAGCUGUGUUCCGAUCCGCUUCUAGUCUGAAUCGAAAACUUGUCGCCAAAGAGAUGCCAAUCUACAUGUAUCCGGCUAUCGCUGCUCCUGAAAGACAUUCUGUUGAUUAUGUUUCUCAGGGUCAACCAGAGGGUUCAAGCAUUCAGCAGGGUUCUGCCGUUGUUCCUGGAGAAAUCGUUUUUUCUUCUGUCGCAAAUCUUAUAACCGGUCAUGGAACCUAUAGAAGUGUAGAUGUUUCAUCUACGAAUAUUAAUGAAGAUUUGUCUUCCACAGUUAAUCCAAUCACUUUGGCAUCUGUUAGUGGAGAUCCAGGGAUUCAGGCAGGCAAUAUACACACUUCUCUAACUGGGCGUGUUAGGAUAGUUAAUAAACUCGUAUAUGUAGAGCCACCUAAGGCUCGGUACUUCGGUAAUGUUGGAGAUACUGUGGUGGGCCGCAUUGUAGAGGUCAGUUUCAGGACUUUGUUGAAGUUAUCCAUAGAUAUAUCUUUGCUUCGUUCAUUAAAGCAACUUACUAUUGUGAAGCUCAACAAUCGAUCAGCGUCACACCAGAUGCGUCUGUUUUUUAUGUUAGUUAACUGAAAGGGAUCCACUAGUUUCAUUGUUCUGAUUACCCAUUAUUAAGUAAUUGAGUGAGAUCUUAAGUAGCUAGUUUUAAGUCACUUUGCUCAUAUCAGUAAAUUCUAAUUUGUCUCGUGGAAUAUAUCUCAAAUCCUCCAUUUUUGUAGGUACUACUUAACAUUUCAAAAAGUCCAUAUUCCUACUCAGGCUAGAAAUAAACAUUACGUUCAGUAAAUGUCAAGUAAGUUUAAUUCAAAGCUUCUAAACUAGUAAAAACUACAAAUGAUUCUCUAAUGUCUUUAUGCCAGUGUUAGCUCAACACGAUUCUGUGAUACCAGUAAAUUUUUUUGUGAUAGCCUUAAUUGUAAACAGUUUGUUUAUGAUUACAAAAUACUACUGACAUGUUAAGAAGUACUAGAAAGAAUCAUUAGCAUAAAAUACGAGUAGUUAAAAUUUGAAACGAUGGGGGUAAAAAAUUAAUAUAUGAAAAACAAAUUUAAAGUGUACAGUACAGCAAGGAGUGAGUAAAUGUUUCACAUUUUUCUGGAAAUUAAUAGAUAUGCAAUAAUAUACUGUAGCUAAAUAAAUUUUUGGGACGUUUCCAUCGAAUUUUCGGUUUGUCUAAGAAACGGGUAGAUUAUCUACUUUUUAAGUUUCUGUAAGUUUUAGUGUGAUAAUUUUAAUUGGUUCCCUAUUCUUGUAUGUAGUUCAUUAGCUAUGAAAUUGCUGUCUAUGUGAUGUGUAUUAUCGUCAUGGAUAAUCACUAUUUCGCAGGCUUUUUAAUGUACUUACGAGUUGAACAACGUCGAUGGCGUGUUGAUGUCAACUCUGCUCUCCUAGCCAAUCUAGCCUUAGCUAAUGUGAAACUACCUGGUGGUGAACUUCGUCGGAAAUCUGAAGAUGAUGAACGGGCUAUGCGUUCUUUUAUGAAGGAGGGUGACCUUAUUGUCGCUGAAGUUCAUGAAGUUUACAAAGAUGGAACAUUACAGCUUCAUAUGCCGGGUACCAGGACCGGCAAACUGGGAGGUGGCUGUCUUCUGCGUAUUCCUCCUAGUCUUAUUAAACGUCAAAAAAUACAUCGUCAUCGUCUAGCGAUUCCAAGAAUCGAUACACUCGAUGGUCCUAUAACAAUAUCUAAUGAAGUUAUUUCUGUUGGCCUCAUACUUGGCUGUAAUGGAUAUAUUUGGACAGGUCCAGCAAGAGCUAUGGAUAUUGGUCUUGGUUUAUCAGCUCCAGUUGAAGCAGACUUAAAUACAACUAGUGAAACGGAAUUAUUAGCUGAACGUAUUGCAGUUUGUCGUGUACGUAAUUGCAUCUUAGCUCUCACACAUAAUGGAAUGCCAGUAUGGGAAACAAGUGUUCUUACUGCAUGUGAAGCUAGUUGGUCAGCUGAUCAACAAAACGAUGAUGAUGAUGAGUAUCAGCUGGAAUUCGAAACUAGUAUUAAUAAUGACCCUUCCGGUAGUAAAGCUCGUAAUCGCAUUGCUCGUCUAUUGCAUCCAGAAGUUGCUCGUCGUCUUGUUACGCUUGUUCAAGCAAAAUUAAAAUCUGAUUACUAACCUUGUACAAAAAUAAAUACAAACAUCUUGUAAAUAAAAGAAUUUAUUUUUAUAGCUA